GCUCCUUCUUUGGUGGCUCACCUUUUCUUAUUAUCAGAUACAGUUUGACUUGCAAUUGAGGGCGUAGUUCUGCUUCUGCUUCUAAUCUGCUUGGCGUAACUAAUUUGAUUAUCAGUGUCUACUUUGGCUUGCAAUUGAAGGCGUACUUCUGCUCCUGCUUCUAAUCUGCCUGGCGUAACUAAUUUGAUUAUCAGUGUCUACUUUCUUCAGUUUUUUCUAUUGAACUUGCAGAGAGGGAAGUGGGGGAGCAUCAUGUUGGUGGAGAGAUAUCAGUACUAUUAAUUGGAUACUAGAUGGAAAAGUGGGUUGGCUUAAUGAAGGGUUUAAAAUCAAGUUAGAUGAGGGCAAAAAUGUAUCAUUUUGGUUAGAUAAGUGGACUGGUGAUUACAGUUUAAGGGACUUGUUUCCAAAAUUUUUUUCUUUGAGUACAGAUAAAUGGAGCUUCGUACAACAAAUGGGCCACUGGACCGAAAACGUAUGGAGUUGGAAUUUUACGUUGGAGAAGGGAACUACACACAUAGGAGGAAAGUCAAGUGGAGCACUUACAACAUGUACUAAGUCUCAAUCAGCCACUAAUGGCAAAGGAGGAUAGUUGGUGUUGGAUUCAUGAAAGAAAUGGGCACUACUCUGUAAGAUCAGCUUACAAGCUACUAUCACCUGGUGAGAUAAACGAUGGAGCAAAAUUUCUUAAGAAAUGCUAGAACAAUUUGGUGCCAAACAAGGUCUGCACCUUUGGUUGGAGGCUGCUGCAAGAAUGGAUCUCAAGUAAUGAUAACCUAUUGAAAAGAAAAGUAAUCAAAGAUGUUAUGGAUGCAAGGCGCGUGUUUUGUGAUGAUAUGAUUGAAGAUGCAAAUCACUUAAUGAUGCGGUGUGAUUUUUCCUACAAAAUAUGGACAAAAUGCUUUGAAUGGUGGGGAAUCUAUUAUGUUAUGCACAAUAAUUGUAGGGAAGCUUUCAUUCAACAUUUUCGGGCAGCAAGGAACAAAAAGGGAUGGCAGGUAGUUUGGUAUGCAUUUGUUUGGUCAAUUUGGUUAGCAAGGAAUGCUGCAAUAUUCAUAAAAAACAGGCUAUCAGAAGACUGUGUGCUCAGGAUGAUACAAUGUCACUCUUAUUUUUUGAUAAGUGGAAAAUCUGAAGGUUGGUCUUACUCUUUCCUUGACUGGUGUCAAAAACCCAAGUAGAUGCUUAGUUACAAAGCAUGGUAAACAUUCAUAUCAUCCCCUCCUCUUAACAAAGCAAAAAUAAAGAG